CACAAAAUUGGCGGGAAAUGGGUUUAGCUCAGCUGUUCCGAACACAACAUGUAUGUAUCUUUACGAAAGACGUGUUUAAGUCUUCAAAUCGCGAUAAAACGAUCACGAAAUCGCAUGAAUUAUUUAUUCACGCGAUAAUAAAGUAAAGCACGAUGGAUACGAUUUGCACGGAAAAGUUUUACGGCGGUAAAGUGUCGAAGCGCACAGACAAAUCUAAGGUUAACUGGGUGAAAACACGUCGGGUUAUGCCUUCGCAUAUACUAGGCCCGACGCAAUAUUGGCAGGAAUUUUACCGACAAACCGAUGCCCUGACAGCGGCUGUCAAAUAUAGCAAUAAAAUAGACACGCUUUGCACUUUUGCGUAUCAACAGCCCAGCGAUGGUAGUCGCAGAUUCGUCGUCGCUCAUCCAGAGGUUUAUUGGUGGUAUUACAAGGAAAAACCGCCAGAAGAAAAAUGUUCAUACGAGGUAAUACCAGAAAAUUCGCCGUGCUGGUUGUACCUGGAUUUGGAAUAUCUAAUCGAGUUGAAUCCACUAUGUAAUGGAUCACGCAUGACCAAAACACUAAUAGAUAUUAUAAUUGUGUAUUUACUUACUCACUAUCACUUAUUGUGUGAUAGAAAUAACUUUUUAAUACUGGACUCUACAUCUAGCACAAAAUUCAGCAGACAUGUGAUUUUCACUAUGAAGGAUAUGGCUUUUAAAGAUAACUCACAUGUUGGAAAGUUCAUCAAAACUAUAUACAAUGAUAUUAUGCUCUACCUAAAAUCAGAUACACAGUCGCAUGGAAUUUUAAAUCAAUUUAAUAAAGCGGAUAUUGAGGAAAUGUUUGUGGAGACAAAGCAGGGCAAAAAAUUGUUUGUUGACAAUGGUGUCUAUACAAAGAAUAGACAGUUCAGAAUAUAUCUUUCCACUAAAUGGGGAAAACAAUCGUAUUUAACAGUUUCUCCAGAUUGUAUGCAUAAUCCAGUAUAUAAAUGCAGAGAUAAGGAGUUAGGAAUCUUUUUAGAUUCCUUAAUAUCAUAUUUCCCAAACAAACCAAAUUUAAUUCUGCUCGAGUUUUCUAAUAGAAGUGAUGUAAAAGCUCAACUUUAUUCAAAGACGCCAAUUCAAUACAAUCGCAAGGAUGAUAAUCAAAUCUCACCAUACCCUGAAAUAGACAAAUAUAUUAACAAUCUUGUUGAUCCUGGCAAAAUACGCAUUGUUAAAUAUUUUGAUAAAACCAAAAUAUUGAGAUAUGAAAUUUAUGGUAACAGGUACUGUGAAAACAUUGGCAGAUGUCAUAAAAGUAACAAAUAUUGGAUUGUGGAUUUAAAUAAGAAAAAACUGUAUCAAAAAUGUCACGAUGAAGACUGCUCAGGUUUUUUGUCUACCCCAAAGAAUUUGCCAGAAGAAAUCGUUUUCAAGCUCGAUAUAGAAGGUGAUAUUCUUAUAUCUGGUGCGUUUGAUGAAAUUGUAUAGUAAAAAAGAUUUAUAAAACUAUUAAUUAACUACUCUUUAUAUUAUAAGCUUAUAUUAAAAUAUAAUUUAUAUGUACAAAUACUUUUAUUUCUCAAUAAAUCUAUUUUAGCAUA